AUGACUCUGGAAACUGGAAGAACAACAAGAGUGAUUGGCUGGUAUCAUUCACAUCCACAUAUCACAGUCCUUCCUUCUCAUGUUGAUGUUCGGACUCAAGCCAUGUAUCAACUUCUAGAUUCUGGUUUCAUAGGAUUGAUUUUUUCAUGUUUCAAUGAAGAUCAAUACAAGGUUGGAAGAAUACAAGUUACAGCAUUCCAGUCAUUAGAUGGAAAGCAAAACCAUGUAUUGAAACCUCAUUUCAGUCCUAUAAAUAAAAGUUCCAUUAUAGAUCUAGAAUCUUCCAUAAGUUCCACAGAGAAUUCACUCACACACUCUGGCUCAACACGUGUAGAAUCUCUAGAGUAUGACACUGGUGACUCAAAAGCUUUAAAGGGUGGAGCAAAACCAUCUGCUUUGAAGGGUUUCUUUGCAAAUGCAGAUACUGUGAACACAGAAAGUGGAAUAGUUGAUAUUGACCCCAUGGAUAUGUCUGAAAGCAUGCAAGAAGCAAUGCAUCGUUCAAAUAUGGAAAUGAGUGGUGCAGAGUAUGUGAGAAAAGAAGUUCCUCUUCAUGUUUUGCCAACUUUGUCUCUUCUGAAUCUUGAAUCGCCUUUAACAUCUUUUAGUCAUUUACAAUCUGUGUUAUAUGAAGAGGAGCGAACAGCAUAUCAUCAAGCAAUAUUACAAAUUAUGAGGGAUGGAAAAGCCCAUCCGCUUUCUUUCAUCCAUCAUACUUCCACUUAUCAAGCUUCCAUCUGCAAAUUAAUGGAAUAUUGGUGA